GGGCGGGCACCCCGCCAUGGCCUUCACCAUGCUGCGCCCUGUGGCCGCCCGCGUGCUCUACCCCGACCUCAGCAUGCUCUCGGAGGACGAGGAGAACCGGAGCGAGAGCGACACGUCGGACCAGUCGUUCGGCUGCUGCGAGGGCGCCGAGGCUCGCCGCAAGCUGCCGCGGAAGCCCGGGCCGAUGGUGAUGGUGAAGCAGAGGCAGGCGGCGAACGCACGGGAGCGGGACCGGACCCAGAGCGUCAACACGGCCUUCACCGCCCUGCGGACCCUCAUCCCCACCGAGCCCGUGGAUCGGAAGCUGUCCAAGAUCGAGACCCUCCGCCUGGCCUCCAGCUACAUCUCGCACCUGGCCAACGUGCUGCUGCUGGGCGAGGGCUGCGAGGACGGGCAGCCCUGUUUCAGUGCCAUCUAUGGUGCCAAGGGCGACCUGGACAGCAAACAGCCCCGCAGCAUCUGCACCUUCUGCCUCAGCAACCAGCGGAAAGGGGGCAGUCGGAGGGACCUCGGGGGCAACUGCCUGAAGGUGCGAGGGGUGACGCCCCUGCGAGUGUCGCGGAGAUGAGCCGGGGUCCGGCAGCACCCACCUGAGACAGCGGCAGAGGCAGACGGAGCCCGCACACGCCAGCCCAGAGACCGCAGCGGGGAGGGAGGGAGCUGCUCGCCUGAGGCGGCAGCGGCCGAGCCCAGGCUGGCACCACACCGACACUGGCCCUGGAGCCGGCAGUGGGGCGAGAGGACGCUCCCGUGGCCGAGGCUGCCCACGCGGGGCAGGGCCGGGGAGGGGGGUCCCCGCGCCCCGGGGCUGGACUGGAAGGGACCUGUGUGCGGCCGGCGUCGAGGCGCUCCGGGGGGACAGUGUCAUGGCCCUGGGGAUGCUGGUUGUGCACGUGCAGCUGCUUGGAAAAUAAAACCUUAUUUUUCUGA